AUGUUAUCGAUAUUGAAACAAAUAAUGCCAAUCUUUAUACGUGCAUGUUCAGCGGAAAAUUGUAAAAUGGUGAUUAUAGUGAGAACGGACAUAGUUAUGGGAAAAGGGAAAAUAGCAGCGCAAUGUGCCCAUGCGGCAUUAGAGUGUUAUAGAAAGGCAACAGCCAAUCCAAAAAAACAUUAUAUGUUUAAAGAUUGGUUAUAUAACGGUCAACCAAAGAUUGUUCUUAAAGUAUCGAACGAAGUUGAAUUAUUAGAUAUAGCACAUAAAGCUCAACAAGUUGGUAUAACCACAGCUAUAAUAAGAGAUGCAGGGAGGACUCAAUUACAAUCUGGUACAGUUACGGUAAUUGGAAUUGGACCGGGUCCGAAUGUAGAAAUAAAUAAGAUUACAUCACAUUUGAAAUUGUUGUAAAUGUGAAAUAAAUGUAGAUAGAUA